AUGCGGCCAAUGCACGACGCUGUUGUUCACGAUGAUAAUUGGACUGGCUUGACAGACGCCAAAGCUAGACGCAAACUCCAGAACCGCCUCAACCAGCGGGCACGCCGACGUCGAAAGGAAAAGGAGACUGCAUCUAAAUCCUUCACAGUUUCUCUAGGCAAUUCAACGCUGACGAAGGGCUCUUCCCAGCAGUCAAUAAAAACUGAGACUGGGAUUCCGCAUCCAUUCGUAUUUCCUCUUUCGGUUGACCAUCUUUUGACACUCGUACAAUUCAAUGCGUUUCGCGGGUUUGUCACGAAUAUGCAAAUACUCUGUCUUCCAGACAUUUUAUUCUGUGCCGCCGAGCCACCUAAUAUGAGAGUUGUUGCUCUGCCACUCCCCAAAGCAAUGCCUCUUGCUUUGAUGCCGACUUCCCUGCAGCGCUCGGUUCCUCAUUACUCCUGGAUCGAUGUAUUUCCACUACCAACGCUGCGUGAUAAUCUGAUACAACUCCAGGAAACUAUUGACACUUGUGAUCUGUGCGAUGACAUCUUAGGCGCAAUGUGGGACGACCAGGUAGAGGCGCACGACGAGAGGAACGGGUUAGUCGUUUGGGGAGACCCCUGGGACGUCAACUCGUGGGAGCUCAUGGAAGGGUUUGUACAAAAAUGGGGUUGGAUGCUGACCGGCUGCCCAGAACUGAUUCAAGCAACGAACAAAUGGCGGGCGUUGAGGGGUGAGGAGCCUUUUUUGUACCACGAUGUGGUCAGCAAGCCACCUGUACAUGUCGUUUCUUGA